AUGUCCUUCUUUCACUGUUUCGAGUUUGAUCUGUUGGGACAACCGGUGUCCCUUCCAGUGCCAUUGAUCGUUAAUGUGGCGAUAUCUGUCGGGGCGUUCUUUGCCGGCCGUAGCCUGAUACCGAAAAUGAAACCGAUGUUUAUCAAUGCGAAUCUGUACGGGAUUGAUAUGAACAAAGCGUCCAAACCAAAGAUCCCAGAAGCAUUCGGCGUAGUCACGGGAUGUAUAUUUUUAGUGUCACUGUUCCUUUUCAUUCCGGUGCCUUUUCUUAGGAAUUUUUCCGCCACCAUCAAGGGGGACUUUCCGCACGAUAAGUUUGUAGAGUUCAUCGCAGCAAUGCUGUCGAUCUGCUGUAUGAUUCUGCUCGGGUUCGCUGACGACGUGCUUAAUCUACGGUGGCGUGAUAAGCUGUACCUACCUACGAUUGCGUCACUGCCACUGCUGAUGGUGUACUACACUAACUUCAAUUCCACCACCGUUAUCCUACCGAAGAUAGUUCGACCGUUACUGGGCCAUUCGUUAGAUAUCGGGAUGCUUUAUUACCUGUUCAUGGGUAUGCUGGCCGUAUUCUGUACGAACGCUAUCAACAUUCUUGCCGGCAUUAAUGGACUCGAAGUGUGUCAAUCACUUAUCAUCGCCAGCUCGAUCGUGGUGUUUAAUGUGGUGGAAAUACUGAGCGGACACCAUAGCGAUGCGCACGAGUUUUCACUCUACAUUAUGCUGCCUUACAUUGGUGCGACAUUUGCAUUGUGGCGUUACAACAGAUAUCCGUCGCAGGUGUUCGUUGGCGAUACGUUCAACUAUCUGUCCGGCAUGACGUUCGCAGUUGUCGGGAUUUUGGGACACUUUAGCAAAACCGUGCUGUUGUUCUUUAUACCGCAGGUGCUAAACUUCCUCUACUCCGUGCCGCAACUGUUCCGGUUUAUUCCCUGUCCUCGCCAUCGGAUGCCAAAGCACGAUCCUGAAACGGACCUGCUCAACAUAAGCCGCACACAGUUCCGGGUGGAUGAACUGAACGUACUUGGCCGGCUCUGUUACCAGGUUUUUCGGCAUCUACGGCUUAUUCAGUGUGAAAUCGAUCGUGAUGGUAAAACUGUAACCUGUAACAACUUUACCAUCAUCAACUUCUGUAUCCUGCUGACUGGACCCAUACGGGAAGAUCGACUGAAUCGGUUGCUGGUCGUGUUUCAACUUUUCUGCGCAGUGUUUGCGUUCACGAUACGAUACCCGCUGGCGCAUUACUUUUACGAUACGAACUGA